AUGAGCGAGCACACCUUCGACUGGCUUCGCGAAAAGACCAUUGGCUGGAGCCACACGCCUCCAGUGAACAAGAUCGAUACUCACCACCACUGUGUUCCUCCUUUCUACGCCAAAGCAAUUGAAGAGCAAGGAGGCGAUCCCAGCGGCUGGCCUACGCCCGUUUGGAAUCCGCUGGCUUCCAAGCUGCUGAUGAAGCGUGUUGGCGUGCAGACUGCCGUGUUAUCUGUGACAGCCCCGGGCGCCUGCAUACUCCCAGACCGUCGGGGCCGCGCCCAACUCGCGAGACAGUUAAACGAAUAUUCCGCCGACCUCCGUGACAAAGAUCCUGAUAAAUUCGCCUUCUUCGUAUCAUUGCCUAACAUUCUCGAUACCGAGGAUGCCCUCGCGGAGAUUGCGUACGGGCUAGACAUCCUCCGUGCCGACGGAGUCACCCUAUUCACUCGCUACGGGUCUUCUAACACCUACCUCGGCCAUCCAGACGUGGAGCCCAUCUGGGUUGAACUUAGCAGGAGAGGCUGUGUCGUAUUCGUCCAUCCGACGCACGCAGUCGAUACCAAGCCCGUCAACCCAAAGCUCCCACAGCCAUCCAUCGACUAUCCCCACGAAACAACCCGCGCGGCAAUGGACAUGAUCGUGAACGGAACACGGCUCAAGUAUCCCUCCUGCAAAGUUAUACUCUCGCACGCCGGCGGAACCAUCCCGUACCUAAUCUCCCGGGUCACGACGCCGAUGAAAAGGGCACCUGACUUUGCAGUCUCGCACCGUAUGGGCACAACACAUGAUAAGUCUAUGGAGUCAUUCCGCAGCUUCCACUUCGAUUUGGCGCUUAGUUCGUCGCCCCAGAUUCUGGAUAUGCUGUUGAAGAUAGUUCCGCAUGACCACAUCUUGUACGGUAGCGACUUCCCAUAUGCUCCGAUAACUGCGUACCCAGCGUUCUUGGAGGAGUUGGAGAGCUAUGAGAUGAGUCAGGAGUUGAGGGAUAUGAUCAAUUUUAAGAAUGCGAUGAAAUUGUUCCCGCGGUUGGCGAAUCGGAGGAGCGGGACUCUAUAG